AGAACGUUUUUACUCGUCGCUAUUUGCAGAAAAUCAGCGCAUAAUAUGGCAGAAUUUGAUGAUUUUGGUCUUUUGGCUCAAAUGGCUAGGCGACAGUUAAUUCACUUGUUGGAGAUGAUGCCUGAAGUUAAAGAUAUUAUAUUGGAUCCAACGCUCAUGCGGUUUUUGGAUAAAAUUGCUUCAAUGUCUCUUCUGCAACAACAUAACUGUGCUCAUAUUCAGCAACUUUCAUCGUCUACGCAACCAUUUUGGGGUGAACAUUCACUUCGACGUGUUUAUAUUGUACGGCCAUCAGCGGCAUCUGCGCGGCUUAUUUCAGAACAUAUUCUUGCCGAACCACAGCAUCAAUAUUCUGUUAUUUUUGUACCAAAUCGCUUAUAUCUUUGCGAAAUUGAAUUUGAACAUAAUGGUGUUUUUGGUUUAAUAGAUAUUUAUGAUCUCGAUAUGCCACUAAUAUCAAUUGAUUCACAUUUGUUUAGCUUAGAGCAUCCGGAUUUUGCAUAUUCGAUUCUCGUUGAUCAAACCUUUACGCAUUUACGAUGUGUAGCAAAAUCACUUUGGCAGUUACAGUCAUUAUAUGGUUUAAUUCCUACUGUUUAUGGUGUUGGAACAAAUAGUGUUAAUAUUAAUUUGGUUAUGAAGAAGAUGUUCAUUGAAUUAGGUGAACCUCGUUCAUCACCAGAUCAACCCGUUAGUCAUUUGUUUCUUCUCGAUAGAAAUCUCGACCUAACAACAGUUCUUUUAACUGGGCUCACAUAUGAAUCAACACUGCAUGACAUGUUUGAUAUAAACUGCGGUAAGGUUACAUUUGGCGAAGAAGUUGAAAAGCGACUGAAAAGUGGUGAUGAUGGUAAGCUUUUAAAAGUAGUAACGCUUGAUAACAAUGAUGCUAUAUUUGCCGUUAUUCGUAAUAUGCAUAUGACCGCUGUAUUUCCAUUUCUUAGUGCUAAAGCAAAAUCACUACAGGCAAGUUAUGAUAAAGGUUCUCGUCUUGAUCAGGUGAAAGAUAUGAAAGAGUUCGUUUCAAAUGAAUUAAAAUCGCUUAAGGAACAACAUAAACUUCUUGAAAUGCAUAUUUGUGCAUGCGAAGUUCUUCUUGAGAAUUCUAAAGGAUUAUCAGAGCGAUUAAAUCUUGAACAUUCGUUAGUAAGUGGUGAAUAUAGUUGUAAUGAAGUAAUGACUUAUCUUGAAGAUACGAUGUGCCAGCAAAAAAACAAGUGGCAAGUUCUUCUUCUUGCAUGUCUUUGGUCUGUUUGUCAGAAUGGUAUUCCAUCAAAAUAUUACUUAUCGUUUCGUAGGCAAUUUCUUCACGCCUAUGGUUACGAAUAUCAUCCAAUUUUCCAUUAUCUUUCACUUAGAGGCGUUUUAGUAGAUCGUGGCUCAUCUUUAUUAUCGUCUAUAAAGCUAUUUAUGCCAUCGUCCAAUUUGCGACCAACAUUUCAGUUUUUGUCUCGUCAAAUGAAUCUUUUGCCAGUAAAAAAUCAACCGCCACUCGAUCUUAGAAAUCCAGACCAAAUGCGAUAUGUUUUUUCGGGUGCAUUUACACCCCCGCUUUGUCAACUUGUUGCUGAUACUGUUAAUAAUGGUUGGAAUAUGUCGGAAUUGAAAAAAACUUUCGGUGAAUCGGUUUUUUGUGAUCAAAAUUCUUAUAUGCCAGCAAAUCGCCCAUUAGACAGUCGUAUUCGUAAAGCAAUUUUGGUUUAUUUUAUUGGUGGUGUAACGUAUGCAGAAAUCGCUGCUUUGACUUUAUUGGCUCAACAUAAUAAUUUUAGGAUAAUUAUUGCAACAACAAAUAUCAUCCACAGAGAACGAUUUAUAAAAGAGUUAGCAAAUAGUCCGCGAUUAAUUGUCUCUAAAGGAUCAAAUUUUGAACUUGCGUUAAAAACAUAUGUACCUUGUCUAAAUGAAAUAUUUUAUCCGACAUGGUGGUGCCCGUUUGGAUUUAUGCAAACAAUAGUUCGGAUUUUUCGCGAAAAUCCUUUCAUUGCAUUUGAACGGGAAAUUAUAUUGUUUGACGAUUCUGGGCAAGCGGCAGUAGAUUGGUUAAAUCCUAAAAAUGGAUCAAAUACCGCUCCAAUCCUUAUUUUUUUGCCCGGCAUAACGGGAACGAGUCGUGAAGCGUAUAUUUCACAUUGUGUGCUUGAAUGCCAGAGGCGAGGUUAUCGUUCUGUUGUAAUAAAUAAUCGAGGUCUUGGUGGGAUUUCUCUAAAGACCUUUCGAACUUACAAUGCAGCUUAUACUUCGGAUCUUCAUUAUAUUAUGCGUUUAAUCUGUCAGCGAUUUCCAGAAGCUCCAAAGAUCGCUUGCGGUUUUUCAAUGGGAGGAUAUAAAUAUUUGUUUGAGAAAUAUUGUGAUUGGGAUCGAGUUAUGUCAGCAAAAACUAUUCGCGAAUAUGACGAAUCAUUCACUGCUCCAACUUUUCAGUAUAAGAAUGCGAAUGAAUAUUAUGAUAAAGCUGCCAUGGAUCGGAAGAUUGAUCGAAUUCCUAUACCAACUCUUUGUUUAAAUGCGGCUGACGAUUGUUUUAGUCCGCUAAAAUCGAUACCAGUCGAUAAUAUAAUUAAUUAUAAAAAUGUAGCGGUAGCUAUUACCCAACAUGGUGGACACAUUGCUUUCAUGAAUAAAGCCAAUCCAUCUGCACCUGGAUUGAUUGAAAAUAUUUUAAUUCAGUUUUCUUCAAUGAUAUUUGAAAAAUUCUGCGCGUAUGGAGGACAAUCUUCUUUAAAUGACGAAGUUGUGAAAGGAUAA